AUAAAAUUAAUAUAGAACCUCUACGUUAGCAGUUGAAAUAGAAAACUCAAUCAAGUUUCUUACUCACUCACUUUCGCGCACCUCUCUAACGGGUACUUUUUCACCAGACCAUGAUCUCAGUCGUUUGGAAUCGAGUGGGGGGGGCUCCAGUCAGAAGACUGGAGCCGAGCCGCAAGUUGCCAAUGAUGCAAGGUCGACCAAACGAGUACAGUUAGUUACCUGCAGACGUUAUACGUUACGGCAUCGUUGUUAAUCUCGGUCUAUCUUUCUUUUUCAUCGUCUAUUAAAUUUGUGAACGUUACACGAUGACGUCCCCAUCGAGUUUAGACGGACUUCCCAAAACAUUUGUGACCGCGAUGAGGACACUCUUCGACGUGAUGGACGAUAAGGGAACUGGUCACGUACAUUUUUCUGAAAUAGAAAACUGGUGGCAAGACGACGGUUCGAAAGGUAUUCCAAAGGGUUUUUUAGAGAGUUUAAGAAAAGUAACGCCUACAAAUGGAUUAUUAACUUUUGAAAGAUUUUGUGCCGGAUCAAAAAUUUGUUUGAUGAGAUAUCAAGUAGAACAAAGGAAUCAAAGUCCUAUUAAAAAAGAUCAAAAUAGACCGCCCUCCGCGCCUUUAUUAGAUAUCGAUACGAUUCCCGCGAAAACGACUACUUGGAGUAGUAAUACAGCGGCGAUUCGACCAAAUAACGUAUUAACACAACAACGAACGCUUAGUAUGCCGCAAUUAUUACCAAAGGAACCUCAACAAAUCGAAACAUCAAACAUACGAAAUUCCGAUCAAAUUCAAAAAUCUGUUUCAAAACCAACCAAACCUUGUAAUACAUUAUACGGCCCUCCAAAACCACCUAGAACACUCGGAAUUUCCACAACAUCCGGUGGUAAUUUAGAUCGGGCUGAAAUAAGAAACGCGCUUCAAAAUUGGCAAAUGGGAGUGAUUAUGAAUGACCAAGAAAAUAAUAAAAAUGAUAAGAGGUUUGGAAAUGCGCGAGGUGGACGUAGUAUGGGAGAUGGUAAAGCACAGAAUGAAGUUCAAGUAGUAACACAAAACCAAGGAGGAAUUUAUCAAAAAAAGGUGAAUGUGCGAAGGCGGGAACCGAGAAGGCACACUCUUCAGAACGGGAUCGACUAUAAUAUGCUGAAGAGGAUGAAACAGAUUGAGCAGGAAAAAGACGUUCUUAUGCAAGGGCUUGGUGCCAUAGAGAAGGCCAGAGAAUGGUACCUCAAACAGGUUGCAGCCGUACAAGAGAAAAUGAAGUAUUUGGGAAGGAUGGGAACUCAUGUUGAACAUUGGUCCGAGGCGCAACAAGAACGUUUGGAACUGCAAAGAGCACGAGUUUUAGAAGUUAACAGACAUUUGGCCGCCCUCACAGAUAGUUGGGAACGUGGUGGUUUGCCUCUGCAUAUGAAUUUAGCCGUUAACCAUUAUUUUCAACCACCACACGACUUAGCUGGAAGAUUAAAACAACAAAAUCAUCUUUUAACUGAGGAAGUUGGUAAGAAGAGCGAAAAAAUCGCAAUUUUGGAACGAGAAAAAGCUAGUUUAAUCAGAGAGCUUUAUCAAGCAAAAAGCAAUAGAAGUAGUGGACAAGAAGAAGUUGUAUUUUAAUUUUAACAUCCUAUUUUUUUAACACAUGUAAAUAUAAAGAUAAU